AUGGGAUCCCUCGCCUCUGCUGUGAGUCAAGACGCUACAACCAACACCACCCCGACUGUUGAGACUUCCGUCAAGGCCAUGCCUUUCGCUUCAUCUUUGCCGGCUGGGACACCGACCGCAGUUGGCUCGACAGCAUGCGGUAUCAAGAAGUACAUCACGCUUCAGCUAGAACUCCACACCACCUGCUACGUCCAUUUCACCGAUGUUCCUCCAGCCAUUGUUCGACGCUCGGAUGACCAUCCCAUCGAGAUCUUCGGCGUAAAAGGAGCCAGGAUAUACUACGACGAGGGUGCCCGAGACCUGAUCGUGAAACUUGUCGAGAAGCCACACGAGGUGGCCCAUGGCGCCUUCACGAAGAAGCUUCUCGGUCAGACUUGGGCUAUGAAUCUGGACAGCGAGCUUAGCUUGGAUGGUGCUACUAGGGUCACGUCCAGAGGUAUAUCAAAGGAGCCAGAUGCCUCCUUCUCGCCCUGGACACUCCCUCCCGGUAGAUCGCGGCAAUGGCCAGCAGUUGUGGUGGAGUGUGGAUAUUCCGAGAGUACCAACCAUCUACGAGCAAUGGCCAACCUGUGGAUCAGGAAUUCGAAUGGCGAUGUAAAAGUCGCAAUCAUUAUUUUGAUUGAACGCCCGAGGGAGAAGAUCGUCCUAGAGAAAUGGGUUCCGAGGCAGACAGCGAGGAGUAUGGGCCCAUCGCUCCGCACCCGGGGGCAGUAUGCACGAUGCGAACAGGAGAUAGUCAUUACCAGAAAUGAGGACGAAUCAGCUGCUAUCUCGGGGGCCCCACUAGUAAUUCACUUCGAGGAGAUGUUUCUCCGGCCCUUGGUUCCGCCCGGUGAGCAUGAUUUUGUGAUAGCGGGAGCGGACUUGGAAAGCAUUGCCCGGGAAAUUUGGAGUGCGAUUGCGUGCUUGGUAUGAACUUCGAUACUGGGUAGUGCUAACUCGCAAUCCCGUGGAGAUUCCAGCCGAGACCAUGGUCUACCAAUAUUAUAUGUUCCAUCACAGAAUCCAUAGAGUAUAGUCUAGGCAAUGAUAAGACGGGGCGAGUUCCGUACCCACAUUCCCGGAGCUCCCCGCAUUCAAUUUAAUUCAAUAGUCU